AUGUCCUCCAAUACCGGCGCUCUGUUGGAUGUGGACUUCCUCGUCGUUGGCGGUGGGCUUGCUGGCCUUACGGUUGCCUUCGUCCUCGCAGAAUCCGGGCACCGCGUGCGCGUUAUCGAGAAGCGUGGGCUUGGCGUACCCGCAGGCGGGAUUCGGGUGCCCCCCAACGUGAGCAAGCUCCUCGCACAGUGGGUCCCCCGAGAAGAGCUGUUGCGCAUAGGGACCCUAUGUGCAGGGACCCCCCUCCGCCAUCUUGAAGAUGGAGAACAUGUGGGGUUUCUACACUGGAAGGCCGAUAUUAUGAGAGAACUCGGCGGCGACUUCUUGCUCAUGCACCACGAAGACUUGCAUAGGCUCCUGUACACACUCGCGACCUCCGCUGGCGUACGCGUCGACUUCAACACAGAAGUCGUGGCUGUCCACCAGGGCACGGAACAGGUGCCCAACCCGAGCGUGUCGCUCUUGAAUGGUGAGGUCGUCACCGCGGAUUUCCUCAUUGGCGCGGACGGACCACGCAGCAUCGUCCGCAAAGCUGUUCUAGGGCGAGAAGAUAACGCGGAGCCGAGCUUCUUGACGGUAUACACGACGACGAUACCGGGGGAGAAGAUGAGAGAGGAUCCGGAGAUGCGCCGGUGGUUAGACUCCGAUGAUUGGCCGAUAUGGAUGGGUAACAAUCGGAGCAUCUGCGCUCACCCCGUACGAGGGCAUAAAGACUUUGGUCUGCAUAUAUACUCCUGGGAAGGCGACGUAGAUCCUUUAGCAGGCGAGGAGACAUGGGAAGAUCUCGUGCCCGUCGAUACCCUCGACUAUUCGACACACGCGCCAAUAGUCCAGAAGCUGUUGAGCUUCGCGCCCCAUCUCAUACGUACGAGGCUGAUGCGGAGGCCGGAAUAUGAAGACGACUCCUCGGAUGAGGGCUCCCGCUGGUCCGACCACACAAGUAGAAUCGUACUCAUAGGCGAGUCAGCACAUCCAUGGCAGCCCGGAGGCACGCACCCCGUGAGCAUCGCCCUCGAAGACGCCGCGCUCUUCGGCACGCUCUUCUCGCGGCUCACCUCCUGGUCGCAACUGCCCUCCUUCCUCGCCGCGUACCAGGAGCUGCGCGAGGAGCGCUGCGCGGUCGUGAAGGCGUCGGACAUCAAGAACGCGCGCAUGGUCGCGAUGCCGCUGGGGCCCGGGCGAGACGCGCGCGACGUGGACAUGCGCAAGAGCAGUGCGGACGAGUGGGACGAGGGCACGACGAAGGAGAACUUCGAGGAGAUGGCGUGGGUGUUCGGCUACGUCGCGACGGACGAGGCGGACGAGUGGUGGGUCAACUGGGGGCGCUACUCCCAGGAGGCGCGCGGCGGGGAGAAGCAUACGAGCUUCAGCUGGCAGAUGGUGUCGAUGAUGUCGGAGCCGGCGACGACUGUCACGCACGAUCUGCCAUACUAG